AUGAUUUUGGCAUAUCUACUUCAACUAAUUUUAAUGUAAUUGUUUUAAAUAACUUAAACAUUACUUCUGAUGAUUUUAGUAGCAUUAUAUUUAACAAUUCUGCUACUAUUACUUCUAAUAUUUCUAAUUUCAAAGUAAUGAUGUAUAACCUGGAUGAAGUACAUAAAAUAAUUAAUAAAAAGUUUGAAGAAACUAAAAUAUUCAAUCAACAAAAUUUAGCCAAUACAACUAAUUUAAAAGUGAUUAAAAUAAGAUUUGAGCACUUUGCAUCUUUACUUGCCAUAUUACUUGAGUUUGAAUCUGAUUAUUAUUGA